UUCCUUUAUGUCUUUUAAUAUUAUCGAAAAUCAUACUACAAUUUCUAUUAAAUUGUUCAUUAAUAAAUAAUGUGAACAAGUUUUAAUGCAUUUAGAUCCCUAAUAAAUAUAGUUUAAUUAAUGUCAAUUAUAUUGAAAGCCAAUAAAAUUGCGAAACGGUGUGCCUUGUGAGGUAUCUAUAUAACAAAUUGUUAACAAAACUCUUUAGUCUCCAAUAUUUUUUAUAUCACAACAAAUCUUUUGUUGAAAUUGGCAUUGGCAGUAAACGUAGGUAAAUGGCCCUUACUGUUCAAAUGGUUGCUUACAGUCAAAGUAAUAUUCUUUUUGGAUUAAAAACAAAUAGUUUUUUAAGUGUAACAAAUUCAAAAAAAUUUAUUUAGACUAGAAAUCUAAGGCAGUGAUUGACAGAUUAUUACGAUUGAAUUUCUCACUAAAUCGUCUUCAAAUGUAUAAUAAUAAAUCUAGAAGCCCUGUAGCAUAUUAAUAAAAAUGAUUGAGUCUUUAAAUUUAUUGCAACCACAGCUAACUUCAUGUGAAUAUAAUUGUUUGACAUUUAACCAAAUUUUUAGUACUUCCGACAAUUUGAUUGUCAAACUCCUUCUUUUUGUUGUUUUUACGCGACUAGUUUGGUGGUAAACAACAGCGUGUGCAACCAUGAAACAAAACAAAUUUGUCACUUCUUCGCGCAGGAAGAAUCGUAAGCGCCAUUUCCAGGCUCCCUCACACAUUCGGCGUCGUUUGAUGUCGGCUCCACUUUCCAAGGAGUUGCGUCAAAAGUACAAUGUCCGCUCUAUGCCCAUUCGCAAGGAUGAUGAAGUGCAAGUGGUGCGCGGACAUUUCAAAGGCAAUCAGGUGGGCAAAGUGGUGCAGUCGUAUCGUAAGAAAUUCGUUGUGUACGUCGAAAAGAUUCAGCGGGAAAAUGCGAACGGUACUAAUGUUUAUGUUGGCAUUCACCCUUCCAAUUGUUUGAUUGUCAAAUUAAAGUUGGACAAGGAUCGUAAAUCAAUUUUGGACCGCCGCGGCAAGGGACGCAUGGCGGCAUUGGGCAAAGAUAAGGGCAAAUAUACCGAGGAAACUGCUGCGCAACCAAUGGAAACAGCCUAAGAAUUUGCAGUUAAUCUUUAUAAGAAUACCGCUUUAGAAUAAAAAUAAAUGUUUUCCUUUCAAAAUGGAAAGUA